CGCAGAUUACUAAAUUCUAUGGACAGUAAUAUCUGUCGGUUGCUCAGCAUAGAUCUACUGUUGCUUUAUUUCCAUGUGGGAGAUAAAGCAACAACUGGUUUGAAGGCGGACGGCGUGACAUACAUAUUCCGGAUCUUAUCGCAUCUCACACACGAACUUGGCUAUCUCGAUAACCAUCACAGGCUAUAGCCCUGUAGAAAUACCGAGAGAUGCUCAACUGUCGAUGACCAUUGAGUGCGCUUCACAAGCAACAAAAAUCUCUCAAUAUAUCACAAGCGUCCAUAGCAUUCCAAUCUGAAUGGCGGACUCCUACCUCCAAGAAGACAACCCGACGGUUACGAUCUUGCUCCUAGGAGACUCAGGUUGUGGCAAGUCGACCUUUCUAUCGAGCCUGAAAUCUAACCAUCGCCGACUUCAAGGACAAAGAGGAGACGAUGUCCCAUUACGGGAUAGCGACCAGCCAUUUCUCUAUGACAUUCGCUUCUCCAAGAAGUCAUUCACGCUCGAGAUCUUCGAUACCGCCAGCCCCAACCAGCACUGGUCGACUCUCCGGCCGGAUGUGGUGCUUCUGGCGUUCGAUAUCUCCAAUCGCGAGACCCUGAACGGGUUGAGAGGGUGGCGACACGAUAUCAUUCGGUACUUCCAACACGGCUACGGGGAGCGCAUCCCCAUAAUGGUGGUGGGACUAAAACGAGACCUCAGAGUCGAGGGAGAGGGGAUCAUCUACCCACAGGAGUCGUACCGCAUCGCCCAAGAACUUCGAUGCGAUCGUUAUGCGGAAUGUUCCGCCGCUACGGGUGAGCUGAUGGCGGAGACCUUUGAGGAUAUCGCGCGGAUGGCGGGGAUGACCUUGACGGCGGCGGGCGGGCAGAGUAAAGGGGGUUGUGUUGUUUGUUGAUUGGUUUCUUUCUUUGUGAUACCCUUUCUUUUCGAUAUUUAAUUGUUCAUAGGUGUUUCGGUCGAGCUUCGCUGAAAUCUAAGGUCUUGUGGUCUCGGAAGUCGAGAUCGAUCACACCACAUAUCGGAAUCAAAUCCCAUUGAGUUUACGCAUCUCUACUCUACUCUCUCUACUACUACGAACGAUGGAAAGACAUGGUAGCUGGCAUCACUUUUCAAUUACGGCUAUGAUAAACAUGCAGGGAGAAACCAAGAGAACAACUGGAUAUCUUUCCCUCAUAAGCGCCAAGUCAACUGUUUAUCGUUGCAAUUCCUCCCCGA